ACUCCUUGUCGGUUUUCUAGGCAACAUCCGAACAAAGGCCUGCCCCUUUUUCAUGAGGAUUUCUCUACCGCCAUCGUUACUUUACGUGUAAUCACGAUUACUAAAUCGGAUUACGAUACUUUUAUUGUAUUUCCAGACGUCGGUACGAGCAGCGGCAGCGUCCGGGAUGGAGGUGGAUCACCACGAAACAAGCGGCGAGACCAAAUCGGCCAUUAAUACUUGGCGUUAUCGCCACCAUUUCACGUACAAGGCAGAUCAGGGGAAAAAUAUCAUCGUCCAGUGUAAUCUAUGUUUGCCGAGGGUCAACCUGCUGUCCACGUCCAAAACCUCCACGUCCAACCUGAAGAAGCACCUAGACAGAACUCACCUGGGCUGUGAAGCGAGGCCUGACGCCAAGAGGGGACGGAAGAAAGAGGAGUACAAUGGUGAGGAGAGCAGACACUGCCAGCUCAAGAAGCUCAAAGCGGAAAUCAUCUCCAAAUGCCUGACCCAAGCAAAGAUCGAUGACCUGAUCUUCAACUUCAUCGUGGAGGACUGCCAGUCGUUCUACGUCCUGGAGCAGCCGGGCUUCAGGAAGCUGAUCUCGGGUUUAACUGAGGGGCUCAAGUCCAUGGACAGGGUGACCUUGUUCACUAAGGUGGACCAGGGCUUCUCCAGGAUGCGGGAGGAGCUGAUGUCGAAGCUCAGCAGCAUCCAGUAUGUGUGCACCACAGCGGACAUCUGGACGGCCAACAACAGGAGCUUCUUCGGGAUGACGUGCCACUGGAUUGAUGCGGACUCUCUGGAGAGGAAAUCCGCCGCUCUGGGCUUCGCUCGGCUGCAGGGACAGAUCAGGUACGACACCAUCGCCGGGAGGAUACACGACAUCCACGUGGCCUACAACAUAGAGAGUAAAGUUCAGACCACCGUCACCGACAACGGCAGCCCCUUCAUCAGCGUGUUCAGGGAGUUCGCAGUGGACAGUCAGGAGAGUGAUGACGACAUUGGCUUCUACGAGAACGUGAGCUCGGUUCUGGAGGGCGAACCGGAGCAGGACAUCCUGCUGUUUCUGCCCACUGUCCAGCGCUGUGCGUCCCACACUCUAGAGCAGAUCGUCACCGAGGACUUCUGGCAGGCCGUGUCUCAGGGGCCCAUGUGCCAACUACACUACAGCGCCAUGGCCAAGGUGUUUGCCGUGUGGAGCAAAUGUCACCACCUUCAGGUCGGGAUGGAUGCCGCGGAGGAGAUCGGAAAGAUGGCGCUCGUUGUUCCUUCCGUCAUACGCUGGAACGUGGAGUACUGUGCUGUGCAGAAGAUCGUCUCUCUGAGCGAGCGGGAGCUGACGGAGCUCUGCGCCCGACUGGAGGUUCCUCGCCUUCAACCGGAGGAGAUGGCCUUCCUCAAAGAGUACGUGAAUGUCUUCCACCCGCUCGCGUUUGCACUUGAACUUUUCCAGGCGGAGCAGAAGUGUUACCUCGGCCUUGUCAUCCCCACUGUGCUCAGUCUGAAGAACAAGCUGAACGGGCAGAAGGACGCAGCAAACUACUUUGGGGAAGUCAUAAACUCCAUCGUCAUGGCCAUCGAUGUGCGGUUCCAGGAGCUGUUCGCCAGCACGGAAGCAAAGAUUGCGACAGCCACGACUCCUCAGUUCCGGCUGUGGUGGAUGGCGGCCUCAGAGCGGGAGGAGAUGUGCUCGCUGCUGGCCACAGAAGCCUCCCAGAUGGAUCCAUGUAGCGUCACUGAGGCCAACACCAGCAGCAACAUUUCCACCAUAGAGUCUGAAGACGACUUCUUCAGCUACGGGUCUGUGAAGCCGUCGGCUCAGAUCCAGCAGCGGGGAGUGAUGGAGGAGAUCCGCAAGUACGUGGAAGGAACCGGCAAGAGCCUGGAGUGUCUGCAGGACUUCCCCAGAGUGAAACAGCUCUUCCUAAAGUACAACACCACGCUGCCAUCAACGGCCCCCGUCCAGCGUCUCUUCAGCCAGAAGGGAAACCUGGUCACCUCUCAGAGGAACUUUCUCACCGACGACUACUUCGAGCGCGUUCAGCUGUUGAGAUACAACAGCAACGUUUGCUCUUUAAUCGCCGAGUGAAUACAUUAAUUCGUGACUCUCUCAGCCUUUUUAAUUGAUGCAGAAUCAAACCAUAUUGUGCUCUAAUCAUCACAGCAGAACCCUGUGUAAUAUCUCAUUUCAGGCACUUUAGCCCAGAUGUGUUUUCUAAUAUCCCUCCUCUACCUGUCUUGAUUGGCACACUAUCUGUCCAAUGGCCUAAUGGAAGAAUUAAAACAUCUAAGUGACAAUCAUGGACAAAGACAUUCGGACUGAACGGACUGACAAAAAGCAUCUUUCUAUCCGUGCUAUUGUUGUGAUUCCAAGUAGCCACAGGGUUAAACUGAAGUGAUUUUGUCUUUCAGUUAUGCUAGUUUGUUUUUUCUACAGCUGUUCAGUGAGAAUGCAUCUCCUGUCUGUAUGUUUUAUAUCAUAUAUAAAGAAGACAAGGAAAGAG